AUGUCUCCAAACACCCUGAGUGAGAAAGGCAGGCAGGGCGGGGUGGAGAUCGACCCUUGGGAAGAUGCUGACUACAGCAUCUACAAAGUCACUGACCGUUUCGGCUUCAUGCAUGAGGACGAACUACCGGCCCCGACAGCACAUGAAGAAAAGUUGAAGCAGCUGGAGAUAGAGAGAACAGAGAAAUGGCUGAAGAUGGUGAAGAAGUGGGAUAAAUACAGGAACAGUGACAGGAUGGUGAAACGAGUCUAUAAGGGCGUCCCGCUGCAGCUCCGGGGCCGAGCCUGGGCCCUGAUGCUGGACGUGGAGAGGAUCAAGAGGGAGAACGAGGGCAAGUACGAGAGAAUGAAGGAGCAGGCCCGACUCUACUCGUCUGAGAUCAAGCAGAUCGACCUGGACAUCAACAGAACCUUCAGAAACCACAUCAUGUUCAUGGAUCGCUUCGGAGUCAAGCAGACGUCCCUCUUCCAUGUUCUUUCAGCGUAUUCAGUCUACAACACAGUGAGUGGCUG